AUGCCAUUCAAUGUGAGAGGUUGUGUUGCGAAUAAAAACUUUGAAGUUUAAAUCUCGUGUUUAUUCGAUUCGUGAAAGUUUUAUUUUUAGCUAAAUACAACUUAAGUGUAUCAAAGUAAAAUGCAUUUUGUGUAAUACAAUUUUUUUGGUUCAGAAUUCGGAGUGUAGAGUGCAAGUGUACAUUUGUUGAAAACAUUUUCGAUCAAGUUCUUGUCGGUCUUGCUUUGAAUCAACGAGACGUGUGAAAAUUGUGAACCAAAUAAUAUUAAAUUGGAAAUUAAAUCGCGUGCAGUUCUCGCAUGACAAUCAAAAUGUUGCCAAGAAAAAGGAAUAUCAUCUUCGCGCUGCUCGUUUUGGUUCCGUUUUCUGAACAGUACAGUUCCGGAGCUCCUCCUGGAGCCUGUGAAGAUCAGCUGCCUCGUCACGAAUCGAUUGUGCCACAAUCGUCGGCGCCUCCAUACUUAAUUCUGACGUCCAGUGCUCAAGUCAGGCAAGGCGAUACACUCAACGUCACCAUCGGAAGUCCCGCCGGCGCCCCUGUGCCUAUCGGUGGGUUCUUGCUCCAAGCUAGAGAAAUACAGAAUCCAGAUGCGAUUGUCGGUAAAUUUGUGUCGGUUCCCGCCACUGAAACGCACGUGACGACAUGCGCCAAGCCGAAUGAUACGGUCACGCAUUCGUCACCCGCGGACAAAGGAGCUCUAUCGUUCCGGUGGCAAGCUCCAACCGAUUUCUUAGGAGGCGUUGAAUUCAGAGCAACCGUAGCACAGAGCUACGCCACAUUCUGGAAGGGCGUCGAAUCUCCCCUAGUCGAAGUGGUCACUCCGGACACGGAAAUAACGACGCAAAUGGCACAAUCUACUUCUACAACUACCGCUCGUGCACCACCUGUGAUUAUGGAAAAUAAGCCGAAACUAACGACCCAAAAACUAGACGAAAUCUACCAAGGCUGUGCCGACACUAAACUGUGUUUUGGCGUACCCCAAAACUGCAUAGAGAAAGGCGAUUGCAAAGCCAUUGUGGCCGUAUUCGUCGCGGGAGACGUUUACACAUUCGAAGUCCAAGGCACUGGGAAUCCGAAAUACGUGGCGGCUGCUCUGAGUUUGGACACGAAAAUGGGCGACGACAGCGCUAUGGAGUGCGUCAGGAACAACAAUGGCAUCAUCAAUUUAUACACCUCCUGGACAUACCCGAAAGUGGAGCCCUAUGUUAAGAGAUCAGAUUCUCCACAAGAUAUAGUGCAGUUGCUCCAAUCUUCGACGAUCGAUGGAAAACUUUAUUGUAAGUUCACGAGAGACGCGGUCUCGACUGUCAAGGGAAUAAAGUUUGAUCUGAUGAACAAAAAAUACAAUCUGAUGAUUGUCUCCGGUGACGGCAUGAAAGAUCCAGAACGCGUAGGCUUCCAUACGAUAGCUUAUGAAUCAUCAGGCGAACCGUUGGCGCUGUCCAGUGUCGGAACAGCGGCUGGCGCUUCCAAACUGUUGCUCAAACUGCAUGGCUGCUUCAUGGUGGCCGCCUGGCUGGGAGCCUCGUCCCUGGGAAUCAUACUGGCCAGGUACUACAGGCAGACCUGGGUGGGAAGGCAGCUCGGCGGGAAGGACAUAUGGUUUGCCUAUCAUCGUAUCUUCAUGAUGACCACGUGGCUGCUGACAAUGGCCGGUUUCGUCCUGAUCCUAAUUGAGGCUAGAGGCUGGUCCGACACCGGAGACAACCCUCACGCCAUCACCGGGAUCAUAACGGUUGUUCUCUGCUUCUUACAGCCCAUUGGUGCAUUCUUCAGACCUCACCCCGGUACUAAUAAGAGGAUCUACUUCAACUGGACGCAUUGGCUCGCCGGGAAUACGGCUCACAUCUUGGGCAUUGUAACAAUAUUCUUCGCGGUGUACCUCCAAAAGGCGGAAUUACCGGCGUGGACCACCUUCGUCCUGGCAGCCUUCGUGGCAUUCCACGUGGUCAUGCACCUCGUACUAACGUUGACAGCCUGCGUAUCGGACGGCAGUAUAGGAUCUGCGCGAGUCAACGCCUUCCCUAUGAAGGAUAUGCUUGGUGGAACCCGUCCCACGCAGAUAGAUCGGACUGGAGAUGCACCGUAUUCCGGCUUCAGAAGAUUACUUUUAGGUAUAUACGGGCCCGUUGUACUGCUGUUCGCGCUGGCUGUCGUAUGUCUGGUAGCUUUGGCGCCAAUCACAGAAACUUAUAACAAUAUUAUGGGAGCCUAAUUAUGCAUCAUAAUUAUAUAAGAAGGAAACCUAAAUUAUUUUAAAUAUUAUGAAGAAGAAAAAAACCCUUUACUAUCGUUAAAACAAUGUAUGCGAUUAUUACAUUCACAUGACUACACAAAAACAACCACAAUUUCUUUAGAGUUGCCGUGAAUAUUUAAAGUAUUAAGUAUUCCAAAAUAUGUUUUUUUAUAAUCUGUAUCCAAAUGUAGAUUUGAAAUAAAUAUGUACCUAUACUAUUUAAGGUAAUUGUUAGGGGUGGUAUUUAUUAAAACCAAUAUACUUAGGUUUAGUGAAUAAUAUUAUUAAUUGUAUAAUAAUUGUUUAAUUAGAGGUAUAAUCUAAAACGGCUAAUAAGGUAAAUAUGUAGAUGUAAGUGUUUAAUGUUUUUGACAAGGAAUACUCCAGCAAAGCUAAUAUUAGUGUUUAAUUCGUUUAGCACACGCGAGCUUCGAUGUCAGUAUUCAUGCUGGUGGUAGGACCUCUUGUGAGUCCGCACGGGUAGGUACCACCGCCCUGCCUAUUUCUGCCGUGAAGCAGUAAUGCGUUUCGGUU